AUGUUUAAAAAGAUAUUUUGGUUUCUACUUGUUUCUCUAAUAAUCAACUCUUCCGUAGCUCAACGUACAACAACUACAAGAAGUAUUGAUGAUGAAGAGACCAUCAUGAGAACUGGUGAAGGGAGCGGUUUGAUUGAUGACGAAGAUGCUUUAGAGGGAUCAAGUCUUCCUCCGGAAAUCAAGUAUACCACUAAAAGUGUUAUCAAAAACAGCGGAAAUUCUGGUAAAACCAGUGUAACUCACAAGAUAGCAGUUGUCCGACAAGAUACUAUUAUUAACUCGAAAACAGUACCAGCUGUUGUAGCUCCAGAACUUGAGGAUAGACCGUUGCUAGAAUCUCCUAUCUUCCUCACAGGAUUAGGAAUUCUCGUUUUCUUUAUCAUAGCAGGAAUUCUGAUUGCUUGUUGCUGCUGCAGACGUAAAAAUGGUUAUAGACCAGCUAAGCAGAACGUCUAG